UUUCAAUUUUGGAAAAAUUGUUAAAAAUUUAAAUUUGGUAUUCUCUCGUCGUUUUCUCGUCGUUGCCGCUAAGCUGGGAUUACAAUUGUUAUUCUACAUCAAACAACAUGUCGCUAGCCUUCGUGCCGCAGCAACAGAGGGGUAAACCUCCACCGAAUCAGGCAACUAUUCAGAAGAUGCUUGAUGAGAACAAUCAGUUGAUUAAUACAAUCAUUGACCUGCAGAAAAAAGGGAAAGCGCCAGAUUGUGUUCAAUACCAACAAGUGUUACAUAGAAACCUUGUGUAUUUGGCCACUAUUGCUGACUCCAACCAGAAUAUGCAACAACUUCUGCCAGCCCCUAACCAGACACAAGUAGGGCCGGGCCAGCCUGUUAAUCGACCGAUGCAGGGGUUAGCACAGAUGGUUGGACAGCAAGCAAGACCACAGGGGGCUAUGGGCCAACAAAUGGGUCAAUACCAGGGACAGCAGCCAGUAAUGGGUCAGCAAAGUAUGGGACAGCAAAAUAUGGGAAUGCAGCAAAGUAUGGCUCCUCAAGGAAAUAUGGGACCACAGUCAAGUGUUAACCAAUUCCAAGGGAACAUUGGGAAAUUGCAAGGCAGUACAACCCAGCAAGUAAAUAUGGCCCAAGGUCAAGCAAAUAUGGCUCAAGGUCAAGCAAAUAUGGCCCAAGGUCAAGCAAAUAUGGCUCAAGGUCAAGCAAAUAUGGGGCAGAGUCAAGG